AUGUUCUCGCUUAUUCCUGUCACGAUUUGUCUUCUCGGUUGGGUUUCGGCGCAAACGAUCACCCCAAGCCUGCAAACGAUCACCCCAAGCCUGCAAACGAUCGCCCCAACGUCGGGCGCGGAUUCGUGUCUAAUGUGCGAAUUUGUCGUCAUGCAGGCUGAAUCACACUAUCAUCGAAAAGAUAGCAAGAAAGAUGUGCAAAAGGAAUUGCUUGACGACUGUAAAUCUCUGAAACGAUUCUAUGGGGACGCUUCAGUCGAGUACUGUAAAGGCUGGGUUUAUGAAAACAUCGACGUUCUUUACAGUGAUAUCCAAGCAGGAAAGCCUGCUGAUCAAAUUUGCCAAGAGCUAGGCCAGUGUGGAGGAACUGCAGAGGCGACUUGGAUCCACUUCAAAAACAAAGAAAAACUGAUCACUGUA